AUGUCGGCACAUGACGAACUUAUCCUGUGUUUGGGAUUUCUGUGGAAGUUGCUGUUCCACCUGCUGUUUGUGUGUCUGCUACUGUUUGCGCUGCUGCUCCUGCUGAUUCUGGCAGUGCGUUUGUGGCUGAAAAGCAAAAGGAACGCUCGAUUUGUAAGAACCGGACAUCCUGUGGUGGCCUUCUUCCACCCCUACUGCAAUGCUGGUGGUGGGGGAGAGAGGGUGCUGUGGUGUGCAAUCAGGGCUCUACAGCGAAGGUACCCGAACAUUGACAUUGUGAUCUACACAGGCGACUUAGGUGUUUCAGCCCAAGAGAUUGUGGAUGGGGCACGGCGCAGAUUCAACAUUGUACUACCGCGGCCAAUUGACUUUGUGUUCCUGAGGCUCAGAAUUCUUGUGGAGCCCAGCCUUUUCCCUCACUUCACCCUGCUUGGGCAAAGCAUGGGCUCCAUCUUUUUAGGAUGGGAGGCACUCACAGAAUUCGUCCCUGAUGUUUACAUCGAUUCAAUGGGAUACGCUUUCACUCUGCCCCUUUUCCGCUACCUUGGAGGAUGCAGCGUAUGCGCUUAUGUCCACUAUCCCACCAUCAGCACUGACAUGCUAACAGUAGUGAGAGAAAGAAACCCCAGGUUCAACAACCCAGGUUACAUUUCUGAGAGUCUGUUCCUGAGCGCCCUCAAGAUGCUCUACUAUUGCUUGUUUGCGGUGUGUUAUGGCAUGGCCGGCUCCUGCAGUGACCUCGUCAUGGUCAACUCCUCCUGGACACUUGAGCACAUCCUGUCACUGUGGCAUGCCUCCAACCGCACCAAUGUGGUCUACCCUCCAUGUGAUGUCAGCUCGUUUCUGGAUGUCCCACUAGAAGAGGAUGAGGACCGAAAGUCUCACUCCAUCGUCUCCAUCGGACAGUUCCGCCCCGAAAAGGACCAUCAGCUGCAGAUCAAAUCUUUCAAGAAGGUGCUGGAUCGGCGGGGGGACGCCAGUGGGGGCAGGGAGGAUCUGAAGCUGGUCCUGAUUGGAGGUUGCAGAAAUCAAGAAGAUGAGGACAGGGUACUGAAGUUGCGAGGCCUGUGCCAGGAGCAGGGUGUGGCUGACAGGGUGGAGUUUAAACUGAACAUACCUUUUGAAGAGUUAAAAAGCGAGUUGAGCGACGCAACUAUUGGACUGCACACCAUGUGGAAUGAGCACUUUGGAAUUGGUGUUGUGGAGUGCAUGGCGGCAGGCAAAGUGAUUCUCGCCCAUAAGUCCGGUGGCCCCCAGCUGGACAUCGUAGUGCCUUUUGAGGGAGGACAGACCGGCUUCCUUGCCGAUGACGAGGACAGCUAUGCUGAGGCCAUCGAGGCAAUCCUCAAUCUCGCACCUGCCAGCCGCCUUCAGAUAAGGCGCACCGCUCGCCAGUCAGUGGCUCGCUUCUCAGAUCAGGAGUUUGAAGUCUCUUUCCUGGCCGCAAUGGAACAGUUGAUGGGUACACUUGAACGAUGA